AACAACAGUUCCAAACUUGCCCAGCUGCUGCCAACACACCAUAAAGCUCUGAGAAACAAAACAACACCAAACACAGAAAGCUACAGAUAUUAAACCACUUGUGCUCUAUAGCUGAAGCUCUCCCAAUUAGGUUUGUUAAUUUGGGAAUUCUGUGGCAAGCAGCGUCAUGACGUCCUCGCUUCAUUAUCAUUCAGAUGGUAGUGAGAGUGAACAGCCAGAGAAUCAUAGCGAGUCUUCAUCCCCUGCAACUGGAAUGUCUGUCCCUGGCACCAUAGCACCAAAUAUGCACUAUGUGAUGCCCACUCAACUUGGCAAUGGAAAUGAUAUGUUGCAGGCUCAAACAGCUUAUCCUUAUCCAGACCCGUACUACCGGAGCAUCUUUGCACCAUACGAUGCACAGCCUUAUCCUACACAACCUUAUCCAGCACAACCAAUGGUUCACGUUCAGCUAAUGGGAAUUCAGCAAGCUGGUGUUCCUUUGCCAUCAGACGCAAUAGACGAACCUGUUUUUGUCAAUGCAAAACAGUAUCAUGGCAUCUUGAGGCGUCGACAAUCUCGCGCGAAGGCUGAGUCAGAAAGGAAACUUCUGAAAGCUAGGAAGCCCUACUUGCAUGAAUCACGUCAUUUGCAUGCAUUGAAAAGAGCAAGAGGAUGUGGGGGUCGUUUCCUGACAGCAAAUAAAACUGAUAACCAGCAGAAACAGGAUGAAUCUGGUGAUAAAUCACAGGUCAACAUUAAUCACAAGUCUGGAAAAGACGAGGUUGCUUCUUCAGAGAAUGCCUCUUGAUUUUUUGCAACAAUGCAAUAUCAAGGACUUUGUGGACCAUAGAAACAGCAUGCUUUCGUCAAAGUGAAACUGUGGUAGCUGGGGAAAAUCUGGGUGAUAAUGGUGUUCUGUAUGUUUAUCUCAGUGUAGAAAGAUCAGAAUAGGCUACUUGUUUGAUAGUUACAAAGUGGUCGCUGGACGUAUAUUCUUAAAAUAUUGUCUUUCUUAGCUUCGUUUGUAGACAGUCUUUGUUGUCCUUUUGUAAUUACUUUGUGAUUAAUUCAACUGUAGCUUAUAUCGAGUCAGAAAGUAGAGUUACUUAUAAUGUUUGACAUGUGCAUGUUAAUUUAGGAAGGUAAGCUUGUAAUGCUGCUAGUUGAUGGAUCUUAUUUUUUUAACAUCAAUGCAUUCUGUGUCAAUAUAUCUGUUAUAAGGAAGGUCCACUGUGAUUUCUGGUUCUUA